AUGAACAAGCACCUCAUUCGACGUGUUGUAGCAUUGGCUGCUCCUGAUGGUGGAAAGACUGGCAAGAUUCGAGUCUUUGAGUCUCAAAGAAGACUGCUCUCAAAGCAUUCUCCUAACACCGAGAACUCAGCUUCGCACACCUCCUUUGCACUGCCAAAGCCAACAUGGUCUGUCAAAGAUUUGGAAUUGACGAAGCAGCAUCUUCCUAUUUCAAAUAAAGAGCUCGAGAAGCUUGCCAAAAGAGCACUUCUUGAUCUGGAUCAACUUGAUGCAAAAACAAGGGAAGAGCUUCGACAGGAUCUGGGCAAUAUGAUGCACAUGAUAGAACAGAUACAGUCCUUGCAGCUCGACGAAAACGUUGCUUUGUCCGAAGAGGACAUUUACGACAGACCACGAGGAGUUACUUCAGCACCCCUGAGAGAUGCCAAUGAAAGAGAAGACACACUAGAAACAACCAACAAUCUUUGGGCAUCCUUCCUACAGCCAAAGACCACAAAGUUUGGUGCUCAUGAUUAUUUCAGCAUAGAGACAAAGCGGGAGAAUCCAAAGUCCGAAUGGUACAUAAAUAAAUGUGACUCCAGCAGCAAUGUGGCUUUGAUGGUGUCCUGA